GUUUUAUGUGCUGAACGAGUUGGCCAGAUGACUAAAACAUACAAUGAUAUAGAUGCUGUAACACGUCUUCUAGAAGAGAAAGAACGGGAUCUAGAGUUGGCUGCUCGGAUUGGUCAGUCUUUGUUAAAGAAGAAUAAAACCCUUACAGAAAGGAACGAAUACCUUGAAGAACAAGUGGAGCACAUUAGAGAAGAGGUAUCUCAGUUACGUCAUGAACUGUCUAUGAAAGAUGAGCUGCUUCAGUUUUACACCAGUGCAGCUGAAGAGAGCGAGUCAGAGUCCAUCUGUUCAACACCUCUGAAGAGGAAUGAAUCUUCAUCAUCUGUCCAAAAUUAUUUCCACUUUGAUUCUCUUCAAAAGAAACUGAAAGAUCUUGAAGAUGAGAACAUUGUCCUGCGCUCAGAGGCAUGUCACCUGGAAACAGAGACCAUCACAUAUGAAGAGAAAGAGCAGCAACUUGUUAAUGACUGCGUAAAAGAGCUAAGGGAUGCAAAUAUCCAGAUUGCAAACAUAUCGGAUGAAUUGGCAAAGAAGACGGAAGAUGCAGCACGACAACAGGAAGAGAUCACUCAUCUUUUAUCACAGAUCGUUGAUAUUCAGAAAAAAGCAAAAGCAUAUGCAGUGGAAAACGAGGAACUGGUGCAACACUUAGGAGCUGCUAAAGAUGCUCAGCGGCAACUUACAGCAGAGCUGCGGGAGCUGGAGGACAAGUAUGCUGAGUGCAUGGAAAUGCUUCAUGAGGCACAGGAGGAGCUUAAGAACCUUAGAAAUAAAAACCAUGCCAAAUGUAAUUUCCCGACGAUAUCACAACAUAGGUGUAUUUCCUAUGGACUCCUUGGCAGCUGAGAUAGAGGGAUCCAUGAGGAAAGAACUUCAGAUAGAUGAGCCGGACUCCCUUGAAAUGAAUGGCAAUCAUCAGAAGCGUGUGUUUGAUACCGUGAAGAACGUGAACCAGGUAGUAAAGCAGAGAUCUCUGGCUCCUUCUCCAAUGAACAUCCCAGGCUCUAACCAGUCAUCUGCUAUGAACUCUCUAAUGUCAAGCUGUGUCAGCACACCACGCUCCAGCCUCUAUGGAGGGGAUAUCUCCAACAUAGUUAUUGAUAACAAAACUAAUAGCAUUAUCCUGGAAACAGAGUCAACUGACAACAGUGAUGAUAAGAACAAGAAGCCAGGAACGCCGGGUACUCCGGGCUCUAACGAUCUGGAGACAGCUUUGCGGCGGUUGUCCCUUCGGCGAGAGAACUACAUCCUAGAGCGCAAGUUCUUUGAAGAUGAUCAGGAGCGGAAGCUGCGUAGUCUUGCUGAGAAGGAAGAGCUCCGCAGUGGGUCUUUAACACCUACAGAAAGCAUCAUGUCCCUGGGCACCCACUCUUCCAGGUUGUCAGAGUUCACUGGAAUCUCAGGAAUGUCCUUCAGCAGCCGCUCUUACCUACCAGAGAAACUGCAGAUCGUGAAGCCCCUAGAAGGAUCAGCAACAUUACAUCAUUGGCAGCAGUUGGCACAACCACAUCUUGGAGGCAUUCUGGAUCCUAGGCCUGGUGUUGUUACCAAAGGCUUCCGAAACUUAGAUCUGGACCGGGAGGAAGUGUACUGCUUCACAGACUAUGAAGAAGAUGAGACAGGUGACAUUCCUUACAAGAGAUUAACUACCUCGAGUCCCGUCCAUCAUUCAGAGACCUCAGGUGAGAGGUCUCAAGCACAAGUGACUGUGUCUGACAGCAAGAAUUUUCCGAAUCAUUCUCAUGCUGCCCCCGAGGACUUGCAAGAGCCCGCGACAGACGAUGAUGAGGGGUCUGUGCACCACCCUGGGAAAUGCUUGUCUCAGACCAACUCUACAUUCACGUUACCACGUGUCGAAUCCUGCAUCCUUCUGAUGAACUCACCCGUGUCACUCCAAGCCUUAAUCCAACACCCACUCCAGCUUCUGGGUGCAUUUUCAGCAGUCUAAAACCAACGCCAGCAAGCACACCCUGCACACCUCGACGUUUGAGCUUGGCCGAGUCUUUUACCAACCUAAGAGAAUCAACAACCACAAUGAGCACAUCUUUAGGACUGGUGAGGCUGUUGAAAGAGCGAGGCAUUUCAGCAGCUGUGUACAACCCUCAAAGUUGGGACAGGGCUGGAAAGGUUACUUUUAUGAACCAAUCACUUCCAAAAAUGUCUGUUAUACCUUCCACGCCUCCAAACUCACCUAUGCAGACACCAAGCUCUUCUCCUCCUUCUGUAGAUUUUAAAUGCACCAGCCCACCUUACGAUAACUUCUUGGCUUCGAAGCCUGCCAGUUCCAUCCUGAAGGAAGUGAGAGAGAAAAAGAAUAUAAGAAGUAGUGAAUGUCAAACUGAUGUCUCUGUCUCCAACCUUAAUUUGGUGGACAAAGUGAAAAAAUUUGGAAUUGCCAAAGUCUCAGGACCAUCACAAGCAUCUGCUGUAUGCGACAGCCACAGGCCUAUUAUAUGUGGCGCACAGGGACCAGUGCAAGCAUAUGUUCCUGGAGGCCUUAUACCAGAAGGUCUGCCUUUAAAUUACCCUGCUGUUACAGGUGCUAUAAGUGGUAUUCAGCUAAACACUGGAAUUCGUAGGAAUCGGAGCUUCCCAACAAUGGUAGGAUCUAGUAUGCAGAUGAAAGCACCAUCGACAUUGGCACCAGGCAUCCUAAUGGGAGCUAAGUUACCAAAACAGACAAGCUUACGAUGA